UCUCAACAGCACCGCCGCCGAGGGUUCCGGACGGAUCCUCCGCUUCCGAUCUCGCCGAGGUUUCCCGGCGGCUGGCUCCUCCGCCCUCCGACGGCCGGUUCUACCUCCCUCGCGGGCCUAUACCACUUUCCCCCAACCACUUUGCCCACUCCACGCCCUCCGACCAGCAAGAGGAAUGGCGUCGCCUCUGACGGAUCUCCCCGACCACCUCCUGACCGAGAUCCUCCUUCCGGCUGCCCGCCCCGGACGAUCUCGCCCGCGCCUCCUUCCGCCGACUCGCCACCGAACCAUCUCUCCUCCGCCGCUUCCGUCGCCUCCACGAACCACCACUCUUCGGCUUCCUCCAGUGCCACGGGUUCCAUCCUGCCCUGCCGCCUCACCCGCCUGCGCGCUCGCCCUCGCCGCCGACUUUUCCUUCUCCUUCCUCCCCUCCCACUGCCGCUGGACUGUCCAGGACUGCCGCGACGGCCGCGUCCUCCUCAAUCGUGAGCCCGAGAAGGGCGAGGAGCCCUCUGUCUUCCAGGAGCUCGUGGUAUGCGACCCCUUGCACCGUCGGUACAUCUUGCUCCCCCCGGUACCUGACGACCUAGCCCAUUCGGUUGAGCACCUGCUCCCCAAGUACAGCAGGUCCCGGUGCAAGCCUUUCCUCGUUCCCCUCGGCGAGGAGGAGACGGCGGAAGAGACAGCAUUCAAAGUCAUCUGGAUGGCUCAUUGCAAAACUAAGCUGUCUGCUUUCGUCUUCUCUUCGAGCACCGGAAUAUGGCAAGCUCCUGCAUCCAAGAGUUGGAAUGAUUUGGCCCUUGACAUUGAUGACUUGGUCAUGAUGCCACAGCUCCACCUUCUUUUCUCGGGCGCCACUAUGCUUAUGGUUGCUUCUACUGGGACUGGGUGAUAAUCAGGAGUGAAAAGUUGCUGGUGCUUGACAUCCGGAGGAUGGAGUUCUCCAUUGCUAAUCUACCACCUGCAGAUUGGAGUACAAAAGGUGUAGGCAUUGUAGAGGCAGGGGAAGGCAGGCUUGGGAUUUUUGGAUUCGAUGGUGACUUUACAUCUCAUCUCAGCUAUGCCGUUGCACGAAAUAAAGGCGAGAGUCCCAUCCAGUGGCAGAUGGAGAAGACAAUCUCACUAGAUUCUGGAUACAAACAUUUUAUUGAUGCUGCAACUGAGAGGCACUUGCUCUUGACAAGGAAACCAGCCUCAUCUGUACAUAGUUUACUCGUUGAUGAAUAUUUCUCAAUGGACGCCAAGACGUUGCAGCUACAGAGGGUUUGUGCCAAACAAUUUUCGCCUAGGUAUGGGACACACAUAUAUACCAACUUCCCACCAUCGUUGUUGUCUUCACGGGCAGUAUGAAGUGAUUCGAUGUACUCUUCGUCAGAUCUGCUUUCCAAGUUCAAAGCCACCAUGGUUUCGGUAGCAUGGAGUUCUCGCAGAUGUGAUCGCCUUUUUGACAAUAUGGCGUGUGCCAAUCUACAGAAUUUCACCUGGCAGUGGCUGUUUCUGUUGUUUUUGUUUUGAUGCUGCGUCUAGUUUCGGUUACUGUAACAUGCCUAAGAACUGGAUGUCGGUCAUCAGAUGAGCUUUGGGAGUUCAGAGUGAUGGUGGUUUCAUAGCUCGCAGAUAGAUGUGACCCCCUUGCUGACAAGAUGGCGCGUGACAAUCUACAGAAUUUCAAUUGGCUGUGGCCAUGUGUAUGUUGUCCUUGUUUUCAUGCUACUUUAUAGCCUCGGUCACCAUAACAUCGAUGCGUCUGUUCCUGUCUAAUUGAACGUGACAAUGAAUUUACAGUUCCAGUCAA